AUGCCACCAACGGUAAUAGAACCACGAGCCUCCCCCAUCCCACUCACCCCUCUUCCUCGUCGCUCCAUACCCCCCCGGCAUGACUCACGCCAGCAAUUCGACCACGAUCACGCCCACGACCACGAUCUGCCCGUCGAACGCGAAUUAACCCCUCCGACUCACCUCCUAAGUUCCCCUUCCAGUUCCAACUCACACCCGGAUUUCGCCCACGACGAUGCGGGUCGGCAUGCUAAUAAACAACCAUAUAUAAGACCAUUUCAGUCGAUCUGGGGUCUGAUGUCCAAGGCUCCGCUCCUCCUGCGCUCGUCGCCUGGCUUCGGGACAGGAUCAUAUGGCGCAGUUCCCAUUGAAGCCACCGCGGGACUUAGUGAUGAAGAGCUAGACCAUAUCACAGAAAGGCACAGGCGGAAGACGAAGUCCUCGGGUUUGAGGAAUGGCCACACUACAGGCACACACCAGCCCUCGAAUUCCAGCACCUUGGGCCCCGUGCUAUCGCCAGAUACAUCUCGACGGCGGCACUCAACUAGCCGGCGACGGAGAAGCCAGUCUCUGAAGACGGAUUCUGAGCAAGGAGAUAUUGUCGGCGACUCUGGGUGGGGAAGUACACCUACCGUGGGGGAUGUAUCAGUUGUGAACCAAGGCUCUAAGGAUACCGAUGUUGAUUCGAGCUCCGGCACCGAGGAUUCCGAAGAGUCCGCACCAGAGGUGAAUGAUGAAGACCCGCCAGAUAAUUCUCCAUAUUCCCAGGUGCGGGCCUCCGUCUCGGCCGUGGAUAAUGUGACGCUCUCUAUCAAUACACCCCGCAUGUGGACGCUCUCCUUGCUGUUUGCCGUGCUCGGAUCUUCAACAAAUCUCUUCUUUUCCCUUCGAUAUCCGAGUGUCUCUAUUACUCCAGUGAUAGCGCUUCUCUUAGUGCACCCGUUGGGGCUGCUUUGGGACCAGCUCCUGAAGAGGCACGGCGACCCCCAAGACCAAUUCAUAAAUGGAGUGCGGACGUCGGAGGGGGGAGCACAAGGUCACGUCAGUUAUUUACGGCGUCUACGGCUAUGGCUCGCCCACGGAAGGUGGAAUGAGAAGGAACACAGCUGUGUCUACAUUAGCAGCAAUGUCUCCUUUGGGUUUGCUUUUGCCACAGAUGUUAUAGUGGAGCAGACUCACUUUUACAACCAGAAAGUCAGCAUAACGUACCAGCUCCUCCUGAUAUUGUCGACUCAAAUUCUUGGAUACACAUUUGCGGGCCUAACUCGACGCUUUCUCGUGCGGCCUAGCGGGAUGAUCUGGCCAGGAACUUUGAUGUCUGCCGCCAUGUUCACCACUCUACAUAAGGAAGAGAAUACGGUUGCCAAUGGGUGGAGAAUCAGCCGCUGGAAAUUCUUUGUCGUGGUCUGGCUGUCGGCAUUCUUGUUCUACUUCCUGCCCGGCCUGCUGAUGCCUGCGUUGAGCUACUUCAGUGUCAUCACUUGGUUUUUCCCGAAAAACGUUGUCGUCGCAAAUCUUUUUGGGGUAUCCUCAGGGCUCGGUCUCUUCCCGGUGACCUUCGACUGGGCACAGAUCGCUUACAUUGGAUCGCCGCUCUUGACCCCUUUCUGGGCAGCAAUGAACGUGAUUGGAGGGCUUGUCAUUGUGAUGUGGAUCAUAGCGCCUAUUGCAUACUAUAAAAAUAUGUUCUUCUCGUCAUAUAUGCCCAUUUUAUCUUCCGCCGUCUUCGAUAAUACCGGCAACAUUUAUGAUGUCAGCAAAAUACUGACUCCCGACUUCCUGUUCGACCGAGAGGCCUAUAAAUCGUAUAGUCGUGUUUAUCUGCCAAUCACCUACGUCUUAAGCUAUGGGCUACAGUUUGCGGCUCUUGCAUCCCUGCUAUCGCACACUGCUUGUUGGCAUGGGAAGGACAUUUGGAAACAGUGGAAGGCAUCGUUGAAUGAAGUGGGAAUGGAAUCGAAGGGCUCCUAUGAAGCUAUUCCGGCGACUGCCGAGACAGGUCGCGCUCGAAUAUUUGUCCCAUCCGGCAGGAGACCCUCCCGAUCCGAUUCAACGGACAAUAUCAUUAGCCAAGAGGAUGUCCACAAUCGAUUAAUGAGGAAAUAUAAUGAUGCGCCUCUGAGCUGGUAUCUCGUGACUUUCGUUACCAUGACCGCGGUCGGCAUUUUUGUCGUCGAGUACUAUCCGGUUCAUCUUCCGUGGUAUGGCUUGCUGCUCGCGCUCGGCAUCUGUGCGAUCCUCUUCAUCCCAAUUGGGAUCGUCAUGGCCAUCACCAAUCAGCACAGUAGCAUAUACCUUAUAUGUCAACUAGUUUGUGGUGCUGUAUUUCCAGGUCGCCCGGUCGCGAAUAUGGUAUUCGUAACGUACGGAUAUAUUUCUUCGGCGCAAGGCAUCAAGUUCUCAUCUGAUCUUAAGCUUGGACACUAUAUGAAAAUCCCGCCUCGCAUCCUCUUCUCUGUCCAGAUGGUGGCAACGAUUGUCUCGUCGAUCACCCAAAUCUGCAUGUUGAACUGGAUGUUUGCGAAUGUCCCAAACAUCUGUACUCCUGAAGCAAUCAAUGGAUUCGUAUGCCCUCUAGCCCGGGUUCACUUCAAUGGAAGUAUCCUUUGGGGCGUCGUCGGUCCUGAAGAAUUCUUUGGGCCGAAUGCCACAUAUCGCUCGCUAGUAUGGUGUUUUCCACUCGGCGCCAUUGCACCCGUGAUCCUGUGGCUCUAUGCUCGAAAGCGGAAAACCAACAUUGUCCGGAAAAUAAACCUGCCUGUUCUCUUCGGAAGUCUUAGUUGGAUCCCUCCCGCAACCGGUCUCAAUUUCUCCGUCUGGGCUCUUGUAUGCUACAUUUUCAACUAUGUGAUUAGAAAAAGGGCUGGUGCGUGGUGGGCGAAGUACACCAUGACCCUGAGUGCUGCGCUAGAUUCUGGUCUCGCUUUUGGUUUGGUGGUUGUGUUUUUCGGGUUUGUAUAUCCCGGCUUGAUGGAUGGGUUCAAGUGGUGGGGAACAGAGAUUUACAAACUAGGCUGCGAUUGGAAUGCGUGUCCCUACAAAGUGGUGCCCGAAGGAGGCCACUUUGGGCCGGAUAGUUGGUGA